ACAAGGCAGUGAGCCCUGUGAACUGCUGGCGCUGGCCGUGGCAUCGCUGUGGGACCCGUGGACUUACGAGACGUAGUCUCUCCGCAACCUGCCGUAACAGCUGUCUGUUUUCUUUGUUUACACGCACCAACUGGCUUCAGGCGGGAGGUUGUUGUUCUUUUCCUUGUGCCGUUUCACAAUAACUGAAGCAUUGUUUAGAAUUAGAUCUAUAUUAUAAAGUUUUCCAAUUUGAGGCGAAGGAGAAAUUCGUGGACAGAGAGCUGCCAGUGUUAUUCUGUUGAGGUUGGACAUAUUAUUAUUAUUAUUACUUGUAGUAUUACUGUUUUGAUAAAGGACGAACUAGAUUCGUGAUCAGAUCCUUAGCUGCUCCAAGAUAAGUGUGCAGUUCAUUGUGGAACUGACGACAGCCCCUUGAAAAAAAAAGCUAAGGCACGACAAAACAGUCGACAGGGGACAACGCCUGAUGUCUUCCGUCUGGAGUCCAUUACAUUUUCAGGGAUUGCUCAGUCAAAUGGGAUUACUGUUUACUAUCAUACCUGGGAGAAGGUUUCUGCUCAGUUGUACUGACGGGAACUGUCAUUAUUCCUAAAAGACUGUGAAAGACUGUGCUUCUAUGGUUAUCUAUUUUAUUUGGUAAACAAUGAAACAUGUUUCAAUUAGAGUAUAUCAAAAUCAACUUGUGCCAAGAACUGAGUAGAGGAAUUAAUCAAUCGUGAUGCUGUAAUCUAGCAGAUGCAUUGUUUGCUGUGACGUUCCUUAUCGUGUAUGCUGACCCGUCGCUGGCCCACGGAACAGUUUUACUUCGUACGAUAAUGUUAAGUCGGAAGUGUCAGGCUUCGGUGUGUCUCGACAGUUGACUGACAUUGUGUGUAUAGAUCUGAACGUGUAGACAGUGCGCCAAUCAACACUGGGAAGCAACAUGUGUUGUCUCCGGGACAUCUAAUGGGAACGCAUAAUAAUGUUAUACUUUGUUGUGCAUUAUAAAAUCCCAAAACAGAAAUUAUUCUUUUAGCAUAAUCUUGUUUGUAAAUGCAGUUGAAGAAAGGCUUUUAAAACAUAUUAUUCUUUUCCAUAUCGAGAUGUGAAUGGAACUUACACAAUAACUCCAGUUGGCGGCAAAGCUGUGUCUUCUUUUACUCACUGUGAUUAUAAAAGUGUUUCAAUAUGUCAAUAGACUUCUGCUUUUCGAUCAAAAGGAAUGGUACUAUAAUGGAUGACCCAGUGAUAUAGUAAUAUGUGACGAGCUAAGCAUUCACAGAAGCUACGAUAUCAUUGCUGCAUCAGCGUCAACCGGCAGAAGUAUUCCUGAGAUGAAUUUCUGUGAGCCAGGUAUCCAGUUGUUCCUGUAAAAAUCACAAUGGCUCCACGCGGUACACAAGCUGUAUUUCUGAGAAUCUUCUCCAUGCUUCUAGUUGCUGUGUCUGCCAGCGCCACAGAGAAAAACGAAGCUUCGGGCAUGACUGAGCAUCAGCUGCAACAGAGAUUCAAACUUUUCAAGGCAUGGCAGAGGUGCAACGCCAGCAUCACAAACGCUACAAAACCAGCGGAAGGGUCAGGACUCUAUUGCAAACCGGUCUGGGACAAUGUGAUGUGUUGGCCCGAGUACGUCCCUGCAGGACAGAUGAAGUCACAGCCUUGCGCCGACUACAUAGAGGGUUUCAAUCCCUUUGCCAAAGCUAAACGAAUGUGCACAGAGAGUGGCGACUGGGACAUGCACCCUGAUGACGAUAUCAAUUCAACGUGGACAGAUUUCUCCGAAUGUACGCGGAAAGUCACUUUGGUAGCGCCCAUCAUAGAGGAGCACAUGCCUAUUAUCUCCAAAAUCUCAACAGUGGGCUAUUCCAUUUCCUUCGCCUCACUGACAGUUGCCACUUUCAUCAUGGUCUAUUUUAGAAAGCUUCACUGCCAGAGGAACACCAUCCACAUCAACCUGUUCAUCUCGUUCAUCCUCCGCUCUGUCAUCUCUCUGCUGAGGAACUCGCUGCUCGUCAAAGGCUUCGCCCUCCCCACAGACAUCAGGCACGCGGACGACGGUUCCAUCAUCUUCAUCCAGGAGAGCACACAUUGGGAGUGUAAACUUCUGAACACUCUGUGGCAGUAUGCACUAGGGGCAAAUUACAUGUGGAUCUUCGUGGAAGGGUUGUACCUCCACACUCUAAUCUUCUUCGCCGUGUUCUCUCAGUCCAUGCGUUUCUUUAGUCUCUACAUCAUUAUCGGAUGGGUGUUCCCGCUCAUCUUUGUGAUCAUCUGGAUGAUGUUGAGAAUAUUCGAGAAUAACGUGCUAUGCUGGAAUACCCAUGAGAUGAACUUCUACUGGGUGCUGAAUGCUCCCAUUGUUGCGUCCAUAUCGAUAAAUUUGUUCUUCUUCCUUAACAUCAUCCGAGUAUUAUUCACCAAAAUUCGAGACUGCAACACGCGAGACCCCCGUCGAUAUAGGAAACUUGCCAAGUCGACGCUGGUACUCAUCCCGCUGUUCGGAGUCUAUUACAUAUUCUUCAUUGUCCUGUCAAACCUCAGGGAGCCUAAAGUGGCGGUUGUCACUCUAUACCUGGAGAUGACAGUUAACUCAUUUCAGGGCACGGUGGUGGCUUUCCUCUUCUGCUUCCUCAACGGAGAGGUGCGGACAGAGAUCAUGAAGAAAUGGCACCGCCACUGGCUCAGGCGUCAGAGUGUCGUUUCUGGUCGCUCCUCGCGUGCCUGCUCCACUACAUCGUAUUUCUUACGCGACCGGCCCAGCAUGAGCCACGGCAUCCCGCUCACCGAAGGCCACUCACCACCUCGUUCCCCCAACAACGCCACAGCUGUGGCCUCCACAUCCGUCCACGACCUGGGAACUGCUAACAGCCUCAACACCUGUGGCGCCAGCAGUACUCAGGGCUUCCACAAAGUCGCCAGCAUGCCCAAAAUGGCGGCCAACUCCAAUUCCCCUAAGGUGAAGGCCAUACCUCGAGUUUCGAGUUCUCCAAAAGUCACGUUCAACUGUUCUGAUAACUUAGCGGACUCUGCUGUGAGCCCUCCGUUGUCUUCAUCUCCUGGCAGUGCCUUGUCCUUCAAAGCAAGACCGUUGUCUGCCAGUAAUAACAACAAUGAAGCCGGUGCUACCAAGGAAGAGAUGGCACUGCUGUUGAAAGAAGGCGACAACCAUAACUUUUCAAAUCAGAAUCCUGAAAUAAAGGACUCAAAUGGUACUGACCAGUACUCAAUCAAAACGAUGCCAACAGCUGCUCCCCAGAAAGGUCUGUCUCUCGCAAAAGACAGCCGAGUGUUGAAGCCAAGGAACGGGGCCGAGGAGGGGAGGUCAACGCUGAAGCAUGUGUCAAGUAAGAAUGGAUUGCCACCUCUUACAGAUGUCAAGGAAGACGUCUCAGAAACGUCUCCGAUGGUCAACUAACUGACUUAUGUUUCUUUCACUAGCAAGUGUUAUCCCUCGAGUGGAACUUUAAAGAAUAGCAACUUAAACAUAAUAUUAUGACAGAUGAACACACAACACAUCGUUAUGAAGUUUGGUCUCUCACUCGGUACAGUGACGGGAUCCUAAGGAGUUAAUGCUUAACAUGUGUGGAGUGUGGAUAGUUCCCGGUAAGAAAUACACCAUUGACAAUGAUUGCGCAGCUCAUGCUAUAACCAUUUUUGUAAAUGUAUAUACCCGUUCCCUACUUCUCCUGUGCAGAGAAGAUUCUUGUACAGUUCAAUGCGUAGACGUAUUUUCUUUGUACAUUCUAUUUUUGUUUUUGUCUUUGCUUUCUUCCUCUCCACAGACCUGUACAUGCAGUGGUCAAAGAAUGGUCAAGGUUUGGAAUUAAAAACUAAAUAAAACGGAACCUCUUAAGUAUGCAGGCGUACACAUAGACACAAUUAAAUGACCUCAACGCACUCGUUAGAAAUGGUGUGUUGUAUUAUGCUGCGCAGUCAUUCAUUUUGAAAAAAAUAA